GUCUUGUGUUGCCGCGGUACUUGAUGACGGCUUCGCGGCCUGGAUGUAGCCUGAUUGAGUCGUGUUGAGAAAGAAGUCGUCCGUUGUCGGAACUUGUUUACCAUUUUGUUUUUUUUGUUUUUCUGCUUGUGGAUUAACUCCUCAUCCAGCAGAGCUUCAUCAAACAGACCUCAACCAACCAACCCAGUCAGUCACCCAUUAGAGCCAAGGAAACUCGUCUUGGUCAGAGACAUUGAAUGCGAGACAUCCACAAGGACCCCUAAAGUUCCAGCUGCUCUGUUGCGACACCACCAAACAACGAAUCUCUCACUCAUAUCUCAUCAUCACUACUCUCCCAUCGCCUGCCCCGUGAGAGGCAUCAUGUCCGAGGGACAACAGCCCCAUGGCGGCGAAUACCGCCAGCAUUUGCCAGACAUCAGCACGCCGCGCUUCACAACGAUGCGAAGCCAGGAUGCUCACGAAUACGCCAAAGUCUUCAAAGAGGGCGGCAACCCGCCAUGGCUGCACGCCCUGUAUCUCCACUGGCGCAGCCUCUUCAAGGAACCCUACACGGGUAUUACCACAGACGGCACGGUAAAGCGCGACUUGUUCCAGCUCGCGGAUGAAGGCAUACCGAUCCAGGACAUCGUCGACGCCACCAACGCCGUUUUGUCACAACUCGACGACAAGCAAAAGUCAGUCCUCUCAUACCACAUCGACUCGCCCGAGUGGCGCUCAUGGUCGAACCCAGAGUUCCUCCUCAGCGACAAGGGCCUACGCCUCGACGAGCUCAGCCCAACCCUCCGAGACGGCAUCCUGAAAGUCCUCGAGGCGACGCUGUCGCCCGAGGGCUACGCCAAGGCGCGGGGCGCCAUGCGCAUCAACGGCUUCCUGGGCGAGCUGGUCGAGGCGCCCUCCAUCUGCAACGAGUACUCGUAUAACUUCGUCCUCUUCGGCGCACCCUCGACGACUCGGCCCUGGGGCUUCUCCUUCUACGGCCACCACCUGUGCCUUAACAUCUUCCUGUACGGCGGCCAGAUCGUCGCGUCGCCGUGGUUCACCGGCGCCGAGCCGAACCUGAUCGACGAGGGGCCGCACAAGGGCACCCGCAUCCUCGAGACGGAGGAGCGGCUCGGCCUGCAGCUGAUGCAGUCGCUCCCUGAAGGACUCCAGCAGAAGGCGCAGACGUACAAGCUGCUCAAGGACCCCGCGAUGCCCAAGGGGAGGUGGAAUCACGACGACCAGAGGCACCUCUGCGGCGCCUACCGGGACAACCGCAUCGUGCCGUACGAGGGCGUUCUCGUCGCUGACAUGAGCCCCGAGCAGCAGCAGCUCGUCGUCGGCAUCCUCGAGCAGUACCUCCUCUACUUGCCGCGUCGGGCGAGGGACAUUCGGAUCGACCACGCCAAAUCCUUCUUCCACGAGACGUACUUCAGCUGGAUCGGCGGGUUCGGGGACAGAGACCCCUUCUACUACCGCAUCCAGAGCCCCGUCGUCCUCGUCGAGUUCGACCACCACUCGGGCGUCUUCCUGACCAACAGCGAGCCGGCCAAGUUCCACAUCCACACCCUCCUCCGGACGCCGAACGCCGGCGAUUACGGGAUGGCGCUGAGGCCGCUGAUCCCCGGCGUCGAGCAGGAUUUCGUGUGGGAAGGGUAGAUAAUAUGUACAGUGUAACGUUGUAGUAACUAGCACAUAAACGCCGAACUCGUC